CCCUGUCAGUUUAUGUACAGGAAAAGGUUGUAGGAGUUUGUCACUGGACACUGCAGCAUUGGACAAGAGCUCAAUUCGUCUGCCUUUCUAUAUUUGGAUACUUAAAGAUUAACAUUUUUUCCGGGGCAACUACACUUUAAUCGUCGGGUUUUUUGUUUUGUUUUGUUUUUGCUUUUUGUCGAAGGGCCAGAGAUUAUGGCCGCAGUAAAAACGGAUAACAGACUGACGAGCUCUCAAAGCUUUGUAUGUGUUGGAUUUGCUGGAAUAUUCAGUAAAACUUUUACUUCUCCAUUGGAGGUGGUGAAAAUUAAAAGUCAAGUGGGGACUUUUCACUGCAAAAAAGGCUUCUGGCAAAGUUUUGUUCUGGUCUAUCAGAACGAGGGACUCCGGGCGUUUUGGAAAGGAAAUCUUGUCUCUUGUCUACGGUUGUUUCCAUAUACAGCGGUUCACAUCACUACAUACAAACAGAUAGUUCAUCUUCACAUGGAUGAAGCGGGCUUUAUUUCCCAGUGGAGAGCCAUAUUCGCUGGUGGGUUAGCAGGUGUUGCAGCUGCACUCACCACUUACCCCCUGGAGGUGGCAGAGACCAGGCUGAUUGUGCAGAACAGCAGAGAACCCACAUAUAUUGGCAUAGUUCACACUAUCUCGAAGAUAAACAGAAAUGAAGGUCUAUUUUCUCUCUACAGGGGAUUCUCUCUGACAGUCCUCGGAGCGUUUCCAUUCUCUGUUGGCUGCUAUGCUGUUUACAUGAAUCUGGAUCAACUCUGGCGGGAGCCACAGUUUCGCUUUACCCCCCUACAGAAUCUAAUAAGUGGCUGUGUUGCUGCUGGUGUGGCUCAAACCCUUUCUUACCCAUUUGAAACUGUAAAGCGUAAAAUGCAGGCACAGAGUUCCCGGCUUCCCCAUUUUGGUGGUGUUGAUGUCCAUUUCAAUGGGAUGAUUAACUGUUUUGUUCAGAUUGUGAAAAAUAAUGGUUUCUUUUCACUGUGGAAUGGCCUUACAGCAAGCACAGUAAAGAUUGUUCCCUACUUUUGCCUUCUAUUUACCUGCUUUGAGAUGUGCAAACAAGUUUUCCUUUACCGCAAUGGGUAUAUUAUCUCUCCCCUGAGCUAUAAACCAACACCGGGAGUGGACCAGAGCCUGGGACCUUAUGAGCUUGAAGAGGUGAAACGCUACUUGAAAAACAGAAACUUUGAAACAGAAGAAUCAUCUUUACGAAAAUGUUGGUGAAUGUCCACUUACACAAGAGGCCUAUACAAACCUUUACCAUAACCACAAGACCUCUCUUUUCAUUUACAAUGCUAUUUUGUAUGUCUGUGAAAACUUUCUAAUUUGAUGUAAGAUGGUUAUAUUAUUACAGUAUUGUAUAUUAUUUUGGAAUAAAAUAAUAAAUCACCAUAACAGUGUUCAUCAAUAGGCUGACUCUUGCCAGAACAUCUAUUGUUUUACUUUAAUUUAAAGCUCAUUAACAUUUUGACUAUUUGAUCUGUAACAUAAAUGUUUAAAACUUUUAUUAAACUCGUUUUGAGAUGCA